AUGAAUUUCUCAGGCGUGCCCAAGGCCAUCAAGGACAUAUUAGACCUCAAUGUCGUCCUAGAUGAAACCCAAGAACUUGAAACCAUUGUCAAUAAUAUCAUUGACAAGGACCCGACCGGUAUUUUGUCUUCCUCGAAAAGACAAGACCUGAUCAACAAAAUACAAUGGGCCUUAGAUGUCCGUCAGAAACUCGAGGAGGCUCGGAAUUUCAGAGUCUUUCGGGGCAGUUACGAACAAGAAAGAAUCAAAGCUGGCAUCAACACGCUAAAGGUGACGGAGAAGAAGAUGCAGGACAGGAUCAGAAAAAGCGACCGGCAGUAA